CUUGUGACUCUGGCAAGACAGGUAUCUCAGCUUGAUGAUUCUCGACUGUCUCACUGGGAAACCUGGCUGACCCUGGGUGGGAGCUGUUCUCAAGGCAUCAUUUGCACCUCUGUGGUCAGAACAGAAAAGGUAACUGUGGUGAGAACAGCAAAGCCUUGGAGAUGCUGGGAUGAGUUUUUUGUUUUGUGGCCAUGUGCUUUUUUUGCAUGUGCUGAUUAUUAUUCCACAUCAAAAGCAAAGGGAAUGUGGCAAGGAGCCCAUGGCAUUUUAUGAAGUGCUCUCAGUGGGUUUUUUCUCUCUUAGUGAAGGUACCAGUAAGGAGAAUUGGGUAGGGAUUGAGCUAGAGUCUUGGAAAGGGAAAAGUCAUUAAAUGACCAAGUAUACAAGGAGAGAAUUCAGAGAAGCAGAGGUAAGACAGGCAAUAAAUAUCAAGAGUUCUAUUCUGCAAACCAAGGAAACAAAGGGAAGGCGAUGAAUGAAAGCUGCAAAUAAAAGACAAUUAAAAACACUCAAAGGCAAUAGGAAGGCAUCUAAAAUGGAGAUAGUAAAGCUGUCCCAGCUGCUCCAAUGGUACCAUGAAACAUUAACCUAAUAACAGGUUUCCCCUUUUCCGGUCUGUUUCCAUUAGUCCAACCUUUACCUACAAAGUGACUUUACUUUCCAGUUGACUAGCAUUCCCAAUGAUUCCCCAUCAUCCACAGGAUACACUCAAAAGUCCAUAGCAGCCCUUCAUAAACUGGUCCCAGACUCUAUCCCCAACUUCGUCUUUUCCUAUUCUCCUCUUUACUCCAGGCACACACGAUACAUUUUCACAGAUUUACACUUGCUCUUCUGCCUUCUUAGAUGGCUUUUCUCGUCUUCUACACAUAACUAACUCCUACUAAUCUUUUGAUAUCACAAGCUUCUAAUACAUGCAAAGGAUCGUCAUAUAAUUCACCCACUCAUCUCAACAAAGCAGUCUCUUGUAUCAUUUCAGAUCACCCCACUCGAACUACCACCUCCUGGUGGUGACUUCAUGGCUGACACACACAAUGUGACUGAAUUCAUUUUUCUGGGACUUUCUCCCAAUCCGGAGGUGCAGAGAGUCUGCUUUGUGAUAUUUUUGCUCUUGUACAUGGCGAUUGUGCUGGGGAAUUUCCUCAUUGUGCUCACUGUCAUGACCAGCAGAAGUCUUGCUUCCCCCAUGUACUUCUUCCUCAGUUACCUGUCCUUUGUGGAGAUCUGCUACUCCUCUACCACAGCCCCCAAACUUAUCUCAGACUUGCUGGCUGAAAAGAAAGCCAUAUCUCUGUGGGGCUGCAUGACACAGGUUCUCUUCAUCCACUUCUUUGGUGGCACUGAGAUUUUCCUGCUCACUGUGAUGGCCUAUGACCGCUAUGUGGCCAUCUGCAAGCCCCUCAAUUACACCACCAUCAUGAACCAGCAAGUGUGUACUGUCUUGGUAGGAAUAGCAUGGUUGGGGGGCUUUGUGCAUUCCUUUGCCCAAGUCCUUCUCAUCUUCCACUUGCCCUUUUGUGGCCCCAAUGUGAUUGACCACUAUUUCUGUGACCUGCACCCUCUGCUCAAGCUUGCCUGCUCUGACACCUUUCUCAUUGGUCUGUUGAUGGUUGCCAAUGGGGGAACCGUGUCUGUGAUCAGCUUUGUGGUUGUCUUAGCCUCCUAUGUGGUUAUCUUGCUCCAUCUGAGGACUCGAAGCUCUGAGGGGUGGCGAAAGGCCCUCUCCACCUGUGGGUCCCAUAUUUCUGUGGUAAUCUUGUUCUUUGGGCCUCUUAUCUUUAUCUAUGUGAGGGCUUCAACCACUUUAUCUGUGGACAAGAUGGUUGCUGUGUUCUACACAGUGAUCACUCCUCUCCUCAACCCUGUAAUCUACUCCCUGAGAAAUGCUGAAGUGAAGAAGGCCAUGAAGAGGCUAUGGAUCAAAACAAUGAAAGUGGAUGAGAAAUAGAGACUGAGUAUUGGCUCCUUGUGUUUAGAAUGAUGCAGAGUCUAAAUGGAAAACAGGAAGGGCAGAAUUGGUUGAAAGAAAUAAGUGCACAGUACUUGUUAAUUCUAGGGUUAUUCUGUCUUUUGUCCGUCUUUAAAAACUUCAUUUUAAUUGCUUAUAAAACUAUUCACUAAUGAAUGUACUAAGUUGACUAGUCAUUUUACUGUUGUUAGAUGUUCAGAUAGUUUCUAAUUUUAUACUACUAUAAAUAACACUGUGGUAAAUAUUCUUGAAUAGAAAUCCUUAACCUCAGGUGGAGAAGGGGAGAGUGUUGACUCAUCAUAAGGUUGCCAACCAGUGUCACAAAACUAUUUGUGCAUUAACUGUUUAAGGAGAAACUAAUUUGCUCUGUAAUCUUUCACCUAAAUCACACACACAAAAAAGAAAGGCCUGAUGACCUAGUUCUGGAGAAUCACAGCCACUGAAAACCCUGCGGAAUCAGUUUUACUCUGAAACACAUGGGUGGCCGUGAGUCAGACUGUCUUGAACUGAUAGUUUGGUUUUCGUUUUUGUCUUUAUUAACUCUUCAGAAAUUUGAAUGUCAUGAAAGACAAAGAUUGAAAAACUGUUCCAUUUAAAGGAGAUUAAAAAUAGGUAGUAACUAAAAGCAACGUGUGAUUUGGAAUUGGAUCCUGGACUAGAUCAAGGGCAUUAGAGGAGCAAAAGGGUCAGUAAAUUAGGUAAUAGAGAUAUAUCAUUGUUAAUUUUCUGAUUUUGAUAAUUGUGCUGUAUUUAAGCCAGAGAAUGCCUUUGGAUUUAGGAAUUACUCACUGAAGGAUCUAGAGGUAAAUAGACAUCAGGUCAACAGCUUAGCUUAAACAUUGCAGAAAAAAUUUCUAUCUAUUGAGAAUAUGAAUGAUAAAAAUGUGACAAAAUACUAACAUUUGGGGAAUAUGGAUUAAGAGAUACAGAAAUUCCUUGUGCUAUUAUUGCAAUAUUUUCAUAAUUUAGACACUGUUUUAAAAUAGAAAGUUAAAAACAUUUUUGCAAAUUAUAUACAUAUAUCAUCAUUUAAUUUGCAUUUCUUCAAUUUUUUUCAUGAGGAUGUUUCUAUAUUUAACAGGCUAUGAAUUUCAUUUACAACAUUUUCAAUGUUUAAAGGUUUUACAUUUCUAUGUAGUAAAAUCUAUCAGCUUUUUCUUUUUGUUUCCUUCCAUUGCUUUUGUGUUUAGAAUAUCCCAUAGCAUUAAUUACUUUCAUAAACUUUUAAAACUAAACAAACCAAAAAAGUACACUUGAAAACUUUCAUUCUCUUCCUUUCUCCAUUCCUCUUUUCCCCACUCCUGUGCCCCUAACAGAUAAACAUUUUUCUUAGUUUCCUGUUUUCCUUUCAGAGUUUCCUUAAGCAAAUAUAUGUGUGCAUAUAUAUAUAUAUACACAAAAUAUAUGUAUAUACCCAUUUACCUUCACCUUUUACAUGAGUGAUAGCACACAGUACAAGCAGAUAGGAAACUUGUCUUAUUUAUUUAACAAUACUUAA